AUGAUUGUGGCCUCAUCAAGGGAUUGCUCAUCCAUGAUUGUGGACUCACCAAAGGAUGCCUCACUGAUGAUUGUGGACUCACCAAAGGAUGCCUCACCAAUGAUUGUGGCCUCACCAAUGGAUGCCUCACCAAUGAUUGUGGCCUCACCAAAGGAUGCCUCACCAAUGAUUGUGGCCUCACCAAUGGAUGCCUCACCAAUAAUUGUGGCCUCACCAAUGAUUGUGGCCUCACCAAAGGAUGCCUCAUCAAUGAUUCUGGCCUCACCAAAGGAUGCCUCACUAAUGAUUGUGGCCUCACCAAAGGAUGCCUCACCAAUGAUUGUGGCCUCACCAAAGGAUGCCUCACUAAUGAUUGUUGCCUCACCAAAGGAUGCCUCACCAAUGAUUGUGGCCUCACCAAUGAUUGUGGCCUCACCAAAGGAUGCCUCAUCAAUGAUUCUGGCCUCACCAAAGGAUGCCUCACUAAUGAUUGUGGCCUUACCAAAGGAUGCCUCAUCAAUGAUUGUGGCCUCACCAAAGGAUGCCUCAUCAAUGAUUCUGGCCUCACCAAAGGAUGCCUCAUCAAUGAUUCUGGCCUCACCAAAGGAUGCCUCAUCAAUGAUUGUGGCCUCACCAAAUGAUGCCUCACCAAUGAUUCUGGCCUCACCAAGGGAUGCCUCAUCAAUGAUUGUGGCCUUACCAAAGGAUGCCUCAUCAAUGAUUGUGGCCUUACCAAGGGAUGCCUCAUCAAUGAUUGUGGCCUUACCAAAGGAUGCCUCAUCAAUGAUUGUGGCCUUACCAAAGGAUGCCUCAUCAAUGAUUGUGGCCUCACCAAAGGAUGCCUCACUAAUGAUUGUUGCCUCACCAAAGGAUGCCUCACCAAUGAUUGUGGCCUCACCAAAGGAUGCCUCAUCAAUGAUUCUGGCCUCACCAAAGGAUGCCUCACUAAUGAUUGUGGCCUUACCAAAGGAUGCCUCACUAAUGAUUGUUGCCUCACCAAAUGAUGCCUCACCAAUGAUUCUGGCCUCACCAAUGAUUCUGGCCUCAUCAAUGAUUCUGGCCUCACCAAAGGAUGCCUCACUAAUGAUUGUGGCCUCACCAAAGGAUGCCUCAUCAAUGAUUCUGGCCUCACCAAAGGAUGCCUCAUCAAUGAUUGUGGCCUCACCAAAGGAUGCCUCACUAAUGAUUGUGGCCUCACCAAAGGAUGCCUCAUCAAUGAUUCUGGCCUCACCAAAGGAUGCCUCAUCAAUGAUUCUGGCCUCACCAAAUGAUGCCUCACCAAUGAUUCUGGCCUCACCAGUGAUUCUGGCCUCACCAAAGGAUGCCUCACCAAUGAUUGUGGCCUCACCAAAGGAUGCCUCACCAAUGAUUGUGGCCUCACAGAUUAACUAUAGCUAA